AUGAAUUAUUCUCAGCAAAGUAUUAGUGCCCUCCGUAUACAUGAUCUUAACAGUGAUGACUCUAUAGAAGAAAAUGAAAAAGUAGCACAAAAAACAGAAAGUUGUACACAAACAGGAAUGUUUCGAAAGAAAAAGGGAAAUUACAUACCAAGCGGAAUGAUUCAAAAAUACUCUAGUAAAAAUAAAAAAUUAGCUCCAUCGGAACGACCACGAAGAAGAAAAAUACUGUUAAUGAAUUGGAAUAGAUUUCAUAAGCUCGAUGUUAUAUAUUCAUUUAUGGAAGAAUUAGAAAGGGAUUUUCCAGCUAUUUGCACAGUAUAUGUUAUUGGUAAAUCAGUUGAAGGCAGAGAUAUCAAGAUGUUAAAAAUAUCGAACAGCAACGCAAGCAAUGAAGCAGUAUGGUUAGACGGAUCCAUACAUUCACGAGAGUGGAUUACAACAGCUGUUGUCACCUAUCUUGCCGAUAUUAUUGUCAGAAAUUUUCAGAACACCUCAUCCUCUAUAACUAAUAAAGAUUGGUAUAUAGUUCCAGUGUUGAACCCAGACGGCUACGUGUACACACACACGCGGGACCGUAUGUGGAGAAAGAAUCGAGCGCGAUACGAUAACGAGUUUGUUGGUGUUGAUCUGAACAGAAAUUUUAGUUUUGGCUGGGGAAAUAAUGGGGAAGAAGGAUCAUCAGAACUGCCUAAUAAUGUGUUUUAUAGAGGACCAGCACCUUUCUCGGAACCUGAAACAGCUGCUGUCAGGGAUACCAUAUUGAGUUCGUCAACACCUUUCAAAGUGUUCCUAUCAUUUCAUAGCUACUAUGAGCUGAUCAUAUUCCCGUGGGGCUACAAAACAGAGCCCUGCGCUGACUAUCUGCGUUUACUUGAAGGUGGCGCGAUUAUGGCAAGGGUAACAUGUCCACGCAAUCUAUGAAUAUAGCGGAAUCAUAUACAAAGUGGGCAGCACGAAAGAUUUAACGUACUACGCCUGCGGCACUAGCAUAGAUUGGAGUUACGCUAUCGCUAAAAUUCCAUACACAUAUAUGAU